ACUGCAUUACGAUAACAUGAUUUAGAGGUUAGGUUAUGUUCAUAUUUUUAUUAGUAGACUACUUCGGCUACGACAUCAAAUAAAUAAUCAGCAACAGUUUUUUACUGUAUUUUUGUUGUGAUUACGAUAUUUUUUCAAGUGUGUUGUACGAGUAGGUCUACUGAGGUGACCCAAUGAGGGGGGAAGCAGAAGCAGUCCUCAGAUAUGAUCAGCAGAAGUGACUGUAGGUGACUCGAGGCGAGGCGAGGACAAUGGACAAGGAGCCUCUGCUACUAGUAUCGAGCGAUGCGGACGGUCGCAGCGGCCAGCCGCAGUCGCUGCCGCAGCCGCAGUCGCAACCGCAGGCGCCGCUGCACUCGCCCUUCAAGAAGCUGAUGGCUGCACUCUUCUACGCCGUCUGCUCUCUGCUCAUUACCAUUGUCAACAAGAGUGUGCUCACCAGCUACCGGUUCCCUUCAUUUCAGGUGCUGGCAUUCGGACAGAUGAUGACGACAAUCAUAGUGCUGUACGCGAGCAAGAAGUGUCGGGUGGUGGACUUCCCCGACCUGAGUUCGCGGACCCUGUACGACAUCUCGCCGCUGCCGCUCAUCUACCUGGGCAACAUGGUGUUCGGCCUGGGCGGCACCAAGGAGCUGAGUCUGCCCAUGUUCACCAUGCUGCGGCGCUUCUCCAUCCUGAUGACCAUGGUGGGCGAGUACUAUGUGCUGUCGGUGCGACCCAAACUGCCCGUCAAGAUAUCGGUGGGUCUGAUGGUGUUGGGAGCGGUGAUCGCCGCUAGCAACGAUCUAGGCUUUAAUUUGGCGGGGUAUGUGUUUGUGUUGAUCAGUGACGUGAUGACUGCCAGCAACGGAGUGUUCACUAAGAAGAGUCUAGUCAACCAGGAGAUGGGCAAGUAUGGCAUCAUGUUCUACUGUGCCCUGUUCAUGGCUCCCUUCUCACUCUAUCUCAUCUGGCAAACGGGUGACGUCGACUCCGCUCUCGCUUACCCCAACUGGCUGCACAUCCCCUUCAUCCUCCAGUUCCUGCUCAGCUGCAUAAUGGGCUUCAUCCUCAACUACAGUGUGAUGCUCUGCACUCAGUACAACUCGGCGCUCACCACCACCAUCAUCGGCUGCCUCAAAAAUAUCCUAGUCACUUAUUUAGGCAUGUUCAUUGGUGGAGACUACAUCUUCUCGAUGGCCAACUUUGUCGGUAUCAACCUGUCUGUGAUCGGUAGCAUAGUGUACACGUAUGUCACGUUUAGGCCGACCAAAAGUGGUUCGGCGCAAAAGGUCGGCCUCGAUCAGGUCCGAAUUAUCACUCACAAGUGACAUUGACACUUCAGAACCUAUUAUUUAUAAGUAAAAUGAUAAUAUCGUGUCAUCGUGUGACCUGUCUGGCUCAGGUCUCUCCUGAUAAAUUUCAGGGUCUUUGAUAAAUUAUGAAACUGUAGUCGAGUUUGAACUAUUUAUUAAUCAACUACGUUAGUUAACUAGUUAGCUAACUUAGUACUAUCAUCUUGAAUUAGUCAACUAGUAUUUUUGACUAUGCUUACUCAGCAAACCAACGUAUCUUCAACUCGAAAUACGUAUCCAUGAGGAGUAUCGAAACUCAGUGAAUUUUAAGUUGAAAUUUUUGAGAAUUGGGGUGUGCCAAAUUGAAUGCGUAAUUGCACUUUUUAAAUUUUUUUCGGCUCAUGCAUGAUCUCACUUGCACUUGCACAUAAUACGCAUUCAAUGUGGUCACACCCUAAUUCUCAAAUAUGUCAACUUCAAACUCACUGAGGUUCAAUACCUUCAUACUCCUCAUGAAUGUGUAGCUGAUGAAAUCGAGCUGAAGUUGGUUUGCUAAGUGAGCAUAGUCAAAAAUACUAGUUAACUAAUUCAAGGUGAUAGUACUGAGUUGGAUAACUAGUUAACAAACUUAUAUAGUUAACUAAUAAAUAGUUGAAACCCCACUAUGGUUUCAUACUCUACAUGAGUAGAACUACUUAAUAGUUAAAACCUGACUACGGUACAAUACCGUACUCCACCUGAAUAGGCACUUUAGGCUGAAACUACUUUUGUUUUUUAAUUAUAAUACGUGGUUGAGUGGUUGAAAACUAAUGUACCAUUUUAAUAUACUAUUUGUAGUAAUUUAUGGUAUGGCUACAAAUUGUAAAUAAUCUUGUUCUAAAAACAGAUUUUACUUCGGAAACUAGAAAAUAUUAAAACUAAGUUUAUUGCUUUCAUUGGUGGAAAUAGUUCCAUCCAAGUAACUAUUAUAUUGGAAAAGUUCCUCACUCAAUAUUAUUAUUAUCAUCAUAUCUUUCAUUUGUUAUUGGUAUAUCAAGCCAAUAGAUAUUAUUGACCAUUGUUUAUCUAUUCUGAGUUAUGGAAUUAUUUUUCGUGUUAUAUACUUUCUGUUGAAUGUAUUUAUUUGUUAUCAGUACAGACUAUUCAGUAUAUAGCUUAAUAUGUAUUGCGGGUGAUAUUAUUGGAUCCAUUUAUAUGGUUUAUAGUUGAAGUUUUAUGCUUGUUACACUGGGUUUUUCCCAUUCAAAAUCGUAUAAUCCUUUUCGUUUUAUUUUCAAAGCAUGUUGAAAUAUGUUUUUGGAAAUUAUUAUAUUGGUUGCACGACUAGCUAGUAUUCUAGUCCAACUUUCUCUCUCAAAGUAUUCUGCUGCUACUCUUCAAUAAAUAUUAUUGUAAAUUGGAAAAGGAAUGCCUGGCGGCAUGAAAGAAGUCUAUUUCUUAAUAUCAUGAUAGAGAAAUGUAAAUAUUAUAUUUGCAAAUAAUGCCAAUGUAUAUACUAACUUACAUUUCCCGUGUAUUCUUUACUAUGUAUAUUGAUAUAAAUAUAAUAGAGUAAAAUAAAAUGUGCAUAGUUUAAUAAAUAGAUUGUAUCAAUAGGACGGUAUUUAUAAUUUUAAUCUUAUUUGAAUUGAACUAGAUGUUUUAGCACAAAAAUUAUAUUUAUAUUGUUGUUGAACUUGAAUUGUUAUUGUAAGUUGCAUGUGGAAAGAUUUUAUUUUAUCAGUUUAUGGACUUGACUCAUCAAAAAUAAAUUAAUUUCUGCUGGUUCACAAUAAUUCAUGCUGGCCAUGUUUUAGUAGUUUAAUUCUUGUUUUUAAAUGUUUGAGUGCUCAAUUUUAUUUGCUUUUAGGGGUAUUUAGAUUAUUUUAAGAAAAUUAUCUUGUCAAAUUCUCCAAUCAUAAAACUAUAUCAUGAUCUAUAUUUUCUCAAUGGUACCGUAUAUGAGUUUUGGUUUCUUGAAAUGAAAACUCAAUUCUUCAAUAAAUAAUUAUUUUUAUAUAUACAGAGUGACACAGAAUAACGGGAACUUUUAAAAACGCCAUUAAACAUUUAGUGCGAAGGGCAAAGUAAGGAACUUCAAAUAAUUUUUUCUUCAAGACCACAAUUCAAAUACCGGGUGACCCAGAGUAACGGGAACAUUUGAAAACGCCAUAAAACAUUAGUGGGAAGGGCAAAAAUGAUUUUAUUCAAACUAAUUUAAAGUUCAAGACUUGCCAUUUGAUAAUUAUUAAUAACAUCAAUCACUUUUUGACAAUUACUUCUUUAAGAUGUUCCUCCUGAACGAAUACACUCUUGAAAUCUGUUUUGACGAUUCCUCAUUGAUCGCUGCAACAUCUGCGUUUCCUGGUCCCAUGAUCAGUCCACCUGCGAUUUUCUGUUUGUGGAGCUAUCUCAAAUCAAACGUUUUUACAACUUGACCAAUAAAUGUGGUUGAAUCAUAACAGACAAUUCAAAAUGAAAUUAACAAUAUCCCAACUGAAAUGUUGCAGCAAUCGUUCAGGAAUCUCAACACAGAUUUCAAGAGUGUAUUCGUGCAGGAGGAAGCCAUCUUGAAGAAGUAAUUGUCAAAAAGUGAUAGAUGUUAUUAAUAAUAUUAUCAAAUGGCAAGUCUUGAACUUUACAUUAGUUUGAAUAAAAUCUUUUUUGCCCUUCCCACUAAUGUUUUAUGGCGUUUUCAAAUGUUCCCGUUACUCUGGGUCACCCG